AUGGCACAGUCGGCCAGCACAUUUGACCCUCUGGUCAAACUCCAGAAGGAUAUCUUCACCCAUUCUGACAGCUCCACACAGAGCUCUCCGAACAAGUUCAAAGACAGCUCAAUUGAGAAGUCCACAAACACCUCCCCCUCAACAUCCACAGACAACUCCCCUGAGAAGUCUGGUCAGGCUGCUGAGGAGGAACCUCAAGAUGACUCGGCUUGGAUAGCAGAUUCUGGCCCCGCCUACUCCAGGCCCAAGUAUGCGCACCUGCCUGCUGUGCACCAGAAGACUGAAGAGCUGACCAAAGCCCAGGGGGAUGCCACUGAUGAGGAGGAGGAGCUCAUGGCCGAGAAGAUGUUGUCAGAAAGAAAGGAACAUACGCGCGCACACCUGGAAGCGCUGAAGAAGAAGGAUGACGAGUUGGUGGCCAGCAUGAGCGAGGCACUGAAACCCAACAACGGGAAGGGUGCCCACCACAAUCUCCUGACGUCCAUGCGCGAGCAGCGCAUCAUGCGACAGGAGAUCCUGAAGAAAAUGCGGCAUCACAGGGAGGUCAACAGGGCACUGACAAAGUACAUCACAAAGGAGGAUCAAUAA